AUGUUACGCAUAGUAUUAUUAAGUUUAAUAUUAUUGGUAUCAUUAUCAUCAACAACAUCAUCAAUUCUUCGAAGAUCACUUUCACGUCGACAAAGUGAUGUUCCACCAUGUAAUGCUAUUGAAGGUUUUGAAUGUAAAUGUUCAUUUUUUCGUGUAACAUGUACGACUACUCGUGAUUUUCCAUCACCAUUAAAUAUUUUACAAAAUGAAAAACAUAAAUAUCAAUCAGUUGAAUUAGUUGUAGCAGCUGCACGUGAUAUUCAAGUUAAUGAUCGUACAUUUGAAUCGAUUAAAGAAUUAUAUAAACCUGAUGGAGAUAAUUUUGAAUUUCGUAUUAAAUUUGAAAAAUUUACUGGACUUCGUUUAUCAACAGCUGGAGUAUUUAAUCGAGUAUUUCCAGAUAAUAUUCCACCACAUGCACGAAAACAAAUUGCAUUAGAAGUUUAUAAUCCAGAAGUAGCACCAAGUGAAAGUCCAUUUUUAUUUCAAAAUUUAAAUGUUGAUACAUUAGAACUUUAUGCAUUAUAUCCAUUUCAUGGUACAUUUCAACAAUUAUUUGAUGGUGCAAAUAUAAAAUAUUUACGUUUAAGUGGUGGUGAUAUUCGUUCGGAUUUAUCACAACCAUUUACAGGAACAAUUGGCCGUUUAGAAUUAGCUAAACAAGCAAGCUCAUUAUCAGCACAAAAUUUUCCUGCUUAUCCAGCACAUGAAUUAAUCAUAAAUGCUUUUUAUAUAACUGAAUUUAACAGUGAAAAUCCACCAAGUUAUUCAAAUUUAGGCGAAUUACGUGUUUAUAGUCCUGAUCGUAUACCAGCAAAUGCAUUUCAACAAUUUCCUAAUAUUCAUACAUUAUCAAUAUCAACUGAUAAAGAUAUUGAUCCAAAUGCAUUAAAUGGUUUAAAUAGUUUAGAAAAAUUAUCAAUUAAAGAACCAAAACCAUCAUUAGCACUUUUAAAUAGUGUACCUAGUGUUAAAGAAUUUGAAACAAAUAUUGAAAAAUUAGAUGAGGAUGGACAAUGUCAAUUAGUUGGUAAAUUAGCUAAUGGACAAACUGCAGUUCAAGCUAUACCAAAUGGUCGUGAUUGUACCUGUACAGCUGCUUAUUUAAGUACAGCUGCAGGUCGUACACCAUGUGAUGUACAAGGUUGUGAACGUUCAUCAUGCGCUGCAAUAAGAAAUAAUUAUGAUGCAUCAAUACGCGCCUUUAAAGCAACACCACCUAUUCGUCGUGCAGAUGGUACAGAUGCUUUACAUCCACGUGAACAACGAGUAUAUUCAGCACCAUAUCAAGUAUCAGCUGGUGAUCGAGAAAAAUAUCAUAGAGCUGCGCCACCACAACAUGCACAACCUACACAAACAGAUGAUGAUAGUCAAAGACCUGCUUCUGAACAAGUUCCAUGGCAACAUGGACAACGACCAGGUAUGUUAAAUGUUUAA